AUGUAUACAGUAAUGUAUAUCCCAGCUCCCCUGUACUCCAUUAUAGUGAUAGGACAUGUUGUACACAGUACUUACUGUCCCCCGAUUCCCCCGCGUCGGGGGAGAGGGUGUCUUCUCUCAGAGGAGAGCGGAUCUCUCCUGCACCUGUCCCCUCCGCGGCGGUGCCGCAGAAGCCAGAAACUGGAAGUUGUAAACCUGAACUUGGUUUCACAUUGAGGCUUGGAGCGCAGGUGCACUGCUCACCACAGAGGAAUUUUUCUCCUCACAUUUGGCGAGCGGGCGAGCGGCUUUUUCAAGCCCUGAUAUAG